GGCCAAAACAAGCCGGCGAAGGUCUGAGGACGCGUGCGCGCGGGCGAGACCCUAAUUUUGGAGCGUUGGGGAGGCAGCCGCUCUGUCGCGCGCGCCGCAGAAUCCUACAGUUUGAGGAGGACUGAUAAUUUCCUUGCACUAGUCCAAUCUAACGGUGAUCUCCUUCUAGCAAAAUCUUCAAAAACAACUGGAAGUUUGAGGAAUUCUUGAUGUUGCACCUUAAGAGAUAACUUUGUCUCCGCUUCUUUAAGUUCUUGCACUGGAAUCUGACAUUUCUUCUCUUCAGUUGGAAAAAAGAGACCUCUGCCAUACUUGUUCUCUUGUCUUUUUCUGCACCAGAAUCCUAAGGGACAUUUGCAAAGAAAAAUAUUUUUUUUCCUGGCAUUCACCAUGGAAAACAAGUGGAUUAUAAUCUUACAUUCAUUAUAGACUUUCUAGCAUUUUGGCAUACCUUGCAGAUCUUUGCUUUUGGAUAUAUUUUUCCUGUUGCAUUUUGCUGAAAUAAAAGGCAUUUGCUUAACGGGUUCUGUAUUGCUGCUUUCCCAGAUAUAGGGUAAAGCUGGAAUUUUAGCAGUGUGGCUCUUUUGACAGUUAACAAUUGCAAACGUUUUUCUUUUCUGACCUUUAGGAUAUCCUUAAGAACAGAAAACUGUGACAUAUUUGCCUGAUGCAUGGGAAUCUUCAACGUAAUUAUCUGUGAAACUUUAACCUACAAAAUCAUGGAAUAUUGCCUUCAUUCAAUCUUAGACUGUACUUCUAAAAAUAUAUCCAAUAAGCAUUGAUGUCAAAAUACUGCACUGUUUGAGUGUGAAGCAGUUUGUGAAUCCAUAGACGACAUGCAUCUUCCUCGUGAGAGAGUAUUGGGUAACACUGUUGGCAUCUCUAUUUUUCUGAAUGGUCUUCCUCUUACGACUUGAGGUGACUUUAGGUUAAACUAAUCAAGGAAGAGAGUUUUUUUCCCCCCCCCGGUUCUCUGUGCCAUCUUUUUUGCCAAGAUGGCUUCUGUCCGGUUUAUGGUUACCCCCACUAAAAUAGAUGAUAUCCCAGGCCUGUCUGACACUAGCCCAGACCUCAGCUCCCGCUCGAGCUCCUGCGUCCGCUUCAGUUCCAGAGAAAGUGUGCCUGAAACAAGCCGCAGUGAGGGUGCCAGUGAUUUUUCCCGAGUAACCACUUCCUUGGCCACUGAAGCAGCCGAGCCUACUUCUGACAAGAUAACCAACCCUCGGACAGGUGUGGUUGAAGAUGUGAGUCAAACUUCCAUCACAGGGGAACAAUGUCAGCUCUUAGAUCCUGGAUACAAGAAGGAUUCCCAGACAUUUCUUAACAAUAUCAACUAUGAAGAAGGGGAUGAAUUCUUCGACAAGAAUUUGGCACUCUUUGAGGAGGAGAUGGAUACCCGACCCAAAGUGUCUUCCCUGCUCAAUCGAAUGGCCAACUAUACCAACUUGAUGCAGGGAGCCCGGGAACAUGAGGAGGCAGAGAAUGUCCAUCCAGGCAAGAAAAAGGUCACCAAGAUUCCACAGAUGGGCACGUUCAUGGGAGUCUACCUACCUUGCCUGCAGAACAUCUUUGGAGUGAUUCUUUUCUUGCGUCUUACUUGGGUUGUGGGUUCAGCUGGUGUGCUGCAAGCCUUUACCAUUGUCCUUAUUUGCUGCUGUUGUACAUUGCUGACAGCCAUUUCCAUGAGCGCCAUUGCCACUAAUGGAGUAGUGCCUGCUGGAGGAUCAUACUUCAUGAUUUCACGAGCCCUGGGCCCUGAGUUUGGAGGAGCUGUAGGACUCUGCUUCUAUCUCGGCACUACCUUUGCUGUUUCUAUGUACAUCUUGGGGGCUAUUGAAAUCUUCCUGAUGUACAUUGCCCCCAAGGCAGCCAUCUUCCACAGCGAUGAUCCCUUGAAGGAGCCGGCAGCCAUGCUGAACAACAUGCGGGUUUACGGCUCGGCCUUCCUGCUGGUUAUGGUGCUGGUGGUGUUUGUGGGAGUGCGUUACGUGAACAAAUUUGCUUCUCUUUUCCUGGCCUGCGUCAUCGUCUCCAUUCUGGCUAUUUACGCUGGCGUCAUCAAGUCCUCCUUUGCACCUCCUGAUUUUCCUGUGUGCAUGCUGGGGAAUCGUUCCCUCUCCCAGCACCAUAUUCAGACAUGUGCCAAGACUAAGGAGUAUGGUAACCUCACCAUACCCACGUUCCUGUGGACACGUUUUUGCAACCACAGCAAUCUCCUCAAUGCCUCUUGUGAUGAGUAUUUCCAACACAACAAUGUCACUGCUAUCCAAGGAAUUCCAGGACUAGCCAGUGGUGUUAUUGCUGAGAAUCUUUGGAGCAGCUAUCUGACGAAAGGUGAAAUACUUGAGAAGUCAUCUUUGCACUCGGCUGAUGUGGGAGGAGCUCUGAAUCAGCAGUAUGUCCUGGCUGAUAUCACCACUUCUUUUACCCUUCUUGUGGGUAUAUUUUUCCCUUCUGUCACUGGAAUCAUGGCUGGGUCAAAUCGUUCAGGAGACCUAAGGGAUGCCCAGAAAUCUAUUCCCAUUGGUACCAUCCUGGCUAUUCUCACCACCUCUUUUGUGUAUCUUAGCAAUGUAGUGCUGUUUGGGGCAUGUGUAGAAGGCAUUCUACUCAGGGACAAAUUUGGCGACACAGUAAAGGGGAACCUGGUAGUAGGCACCCUCUCCUGGCCAUCCCCUUGGGUCAUUGUCAUUGGUUCGUUCUUCUCCACGUGUGGUGCUGGGCUGCAGAGCCUCACCGGUGCACCCCGGCUGCUGCAGGCCAUAGCUAAGGACAACAUCAUACCUUUCCUGCGGGAUACUCUCCUUCGUGGGCAUGAGCAUCUGUGUGGCGCUCAUGUUCAUCUCCUCCUGGUAUUACGCAAUUAUUGCAAUGGUGAUAGCUGGCAUGAUCUACAAAUACAUUGAGUAUCAUGGGGCUGAGAAGGAAUGGGGAGAUGGCAUCCGUGGCUUGUCCCUGAGUGCUGCCCGUUUUGCUUUGCUGCGCCUUGAGGAGGGGCCACCACACACCAAAAAUUGGAGGCCACAAUUGUUGGUGCUGUUAAAGUUGGAUGAGGAUCUCCAUGUGAAGCAUCCACAUCUGCUCACCUUUGCUUCCCAGCUGAAAGCUGGCAAAGGACUCACUAUUGUAGGUUCGGUCAUGGUGGGCAACUUCCUGGAGUGUUACAGUGAAGCACUGGCUGCUGAACAGACCAUCAAACAUCUGAUGGAGGCAGAACGUGUGAAAGGCUUCUGCCAGAUCGUGGUGGCUGCCAAGGUGCGAGAGGGCAUCUCUCACCUCAUUCAGUCCUGCGGGCUGGGCGGCAUGAAGCACAACACGGUGGUGAUGGGCUGGCCAAAUGCCUGGCGCCAGAGUGAGGAUGCCCGUGCUUGGAAGACCUUUAUUGGCACUGUCCGCGUGACCACCGCUGCCCGCCUGGCCUUGCUCGUGGCAAAGAACGUGGCUUUUUACCCUAGCAACGCAGAGCCUUUUUCCGAGGGCAACAUUGAUGUCUGGUGGAUUGUGCACGAUGGAGGGAUGUUGAUGCUCCUCCCCUUCCUUCUCAAGCAGCACAAGGUGUGGCGUAAGUGCAAAAUCCGCAUCUUUACAGUAGCCCAACUGGAGGACAAUAGCAUACAGAUGAAGAAGGAUCUGGCCACCUUCCUUUAUCACCUUCGUAUCGAGGCAGAGGUGGAGGUUGUUGAGAUGCAUGACAGCGAUAUCUCUGCCUACACGUAUGAACGCACUUUGAUGAUGGAGCAGCGCUCUCAGAUGUUGCGCCAAAUGCGCCUCUCUAAAACAGAACGGGAACGUGAGGUGAACUGGGCUGAAACAAAGGCCCAGCUUGUGAAAGACAGGAACUCAAUGUUGCGGCUGACCAGCAUUGGCUCAGAUGAUGAUGAAGAGACAGAGACCUACCAGGAGAAGGUGCACAUGACCUGGACCAAGGACAAAUACAUGGCUUCUCACGGACACAAAUUCAGGACCCUGGAGGGUUUCCAAGAUCUGCUCAACAUGCGUCCGGAUCAGUCUAACGUGCGACGUAUGCACACAGCUGUCAAGCUCAAUGAAGUUAUUGUCAACAAGUCCCAUGAGGCUAAGCUUGUGUUGCUGAACAUGCCUGGGCC